AUGAACGCUCUGGAGGGGCAGCAGCCCCCCAGCGCGCACGACCUUCUCGACGUGGCGGCCGUCUACUGCGACAACCUGAGCCGCUUCCAGGCGCCUCCCGCGCAGAGAGCUGCAGCCGCCCCCGCUGGACUCGGCUUGGGGGAAUCGGGAGGCGCGGGAAGCAGCCCCUACCUGUGGCUCAACAGCUCGGCCGUCCCGUCGAGCCCCUACCUGGCGGCCGGGCCCAACGGAGCGGCCGGGCCCUUCCUGCCCACGACGUACGGGGCCGGCGCCAGGCAGCUCUUGGUCGCCCCGUCGGCCGCCCCCGAUCUCAGCUGGCUCUCGCUGGCCGCCGGGCAGCAGCAGGACUUCUUCAAGCUGGUGCGCCCGCCCUACUCGUACUCGGCGCUCAUCGCCAUGGCCAUCCAGAGCGCGCCGGACAAGAAGCUCACCCUAAGCCAGAUCUACCAGUACGUGGCCGGCAACUUCCCCUUCUACAAGAAAAGCAAAGCCGGCUGGCAGAAUUCCAUCCGCCACAACCUCUCCCUCAACGAUUGCUUCAAGAAGGUGCCUCGGAGCGAGGAUGAUCCAGGUAAAGGCAAUUACUGGAUGCUGGAUCCAAAUUGUGAGAAGAUGUUUGACAAUGGCAACUUCCGAAGGAAGAGAAAAAGGCGAUCUGACCCAGCUAGUGGGCCUGGAGCCCCUCACAAAGUGGAGGACAAAAGCAACAGCGGCAUUGUCCAACAAGCCUCAGAGUCUCUCAGCUUGGGCUCUGCUGAACUGCAGUGCUCUCCAAGUACUAUGAAUGACUGCAAACCCCGCAGCCUGAACUCUGGCCAUUGUUUCUCCACUUUCAUUUCCACCAUGAAUGCCAUGGCUCAUUGCCGAAAUGGCUUUGCCAGGCAGCUUUCUGGUGGGCCAGGCUCUGAAUUCAUAGCUGGGAGGCAGAAUGGGUCAAGUUUGAGUUCUUGCUCUGCUUCCAACAGCAACCCAAAUAGAGGAUUUGAACUUGGUUCUCCAUCACACUCCAGGAUGAAUUACUAUACAGGUGCUGGUGGACAGUCCAACUGGCUCAGCACUCCUGUCCUGAGCACCUUCAGCAUGAACAAUCUGAUUUAUAGCAGAGAAGAGACGGAAGUUUAA